AUGGGAAGAAUGGGGAGUGAAUUGGAGAGUCUUGAAUUGGAAGAUCUUGGACUUGAUGGCCAAAAUACUGUAUAUGAAGAUAUUGUUCUCGAGAAGCAAAUGACCAGUAGCGCUGCAGAAAGGGAUCGGUUACCAAGAUCUAGAGGUGAAGAUAUUGCUCUCAGUGAUGAAACGAUCGAUCGACAUUUUGGAAACGAUCGGUCGCCUGUCGCUAAAGAUGAAGAAAAUGCUCCCUGUGAUGAAACAACCGGUCGACAUUUAGGAACUGACCAGUCGCCCAUGGUUGAAGAAUGUGAUAGUGAUUCUUGUGACUCUUGGGUAGAUGAGUUCGAUGCAAGACCCCUUUCUGUCCUACCAUUGCUCCUGUCAAGUAGUGAUAAUAGGCCCAGUGAGGAUGCUCUUUUUGAACCUAAAUUUGUGGAUGCCAUGAAUGUUAAAAUGGAAGCUUUGAACAAGAAUGAAACUUGGGAUUUAGUCCAUUUGCCAAGAGGGAAGAAAGUUUUUGAUGUCAAAAUUGCAGUCCGACAUGGUGACCUCAAGGAAGAAAUAUACAUGGAUCUUCCUCCUGGUAUUCCUGUAACCUUCAAGAAGGGUGUUGUUGUGUUAAUGUUUUCCAAGUAUGGUCAUAUGGAUGUGGAAGGGUAUAUAGAUGCCGAUUGGGCUGGUUCAAUCACUGAUAGACGUUCUACGUCUAGGUAUUUCGCAUUUGUUGGUGAUAAUCUUGUUACUUGGAGGAUUACAAAGCAAAAAGUGGUGUCUCGGUCUAGUGCUGAAGCCGAGUAUCGUGGGAUGGCUUAA